AUGGACACGGAGCAGACCGAACCCAUGGAUGAGGAUUCGAAAACGACGACGACCAGCACGAGCCCGAAAGCAUCCGCCGAGUCGUCUGCCACUCCUUCAUCCGGCCCGGUCACCACCUCAUCCGGCAAGCAUCCCGCCCCAAGCCCGGCCGCUGCUCCGACGUCGCAGCAAUCCAAGCGCAAGCGGGGGCCCGGGAUCGUCACCCCAAACGCCUGCACCGAGUGCCGCAAGAAGCGCGCAAAGUGCGAUGGCCAAACGCCCUGCUCGCGAUGCAAGGCCCAAAAAGACGUCGAGUGCGUUUAUGAGAUACCUGUCAGGCAGUCCAAGGAGUACCUGAGAGCCGAGAUCGACCAUCUGCGCCGUCAGCAACGAAACAACGAGAGCGUCCUGUCGGCCCUAGGGGUGCCUGGACAGUGGGAGGAAGUCUUGCGACGACUGCGCAACGGCCAGUCCAUCGAGUCGAUAUCAGAAUGGCUUGGCGGGACCUUGCCGUCUGGUGGUGGCACCGCCCCCUCUUUCAACCGCCCUGCUGGUCCCGCCGGCUCCGGCUCCGGCGGGCUCUCACCCGGAUGGGGCCACGAGUCCUGCUUCGGCUCAUCCGGCGAGCGGGCUGCGCCAAGAUAG